AGCGUAGUCACAGCUUCAGAUACUCGGCUACUCGCACUCCGUAUCGCUUGAUCGAGUGAGCCCCCACUCAGUUGAUCGCAAACGCUUAAACGCAGCACUUAUACGUUCUAGAUACGUGCACGGAGAAACGCAAUUUUAGUGAGCGUGUAAAUUUGCUUGCUUUCUUGCUUGCUUGCCAAUGUACGUAGAGUUUUUGUGUAGAGAUAUUGAGAAAAUAGGAAAAAUAGUCAGAAAUUGAUAUUAAAUAUUAAAGAUUAUAAGCAUCAACGGUGUGUGGCUUGUUAUAGUUGUUUGGUGUAAUUGUAGCGAUAACCGGUUUGUGCUUUGUGUACAAUAUAAAAAUAAUAUUAAAUUAAAACAAAAUGUGUGAUCAAUAAAAAAAAGUAAUUUAAUUGUCAUGCAAAUGAAUGUGUAAUUAACUGCAUACAUAUUUAUAAACGAAACGGAAAAUGGAAAUUUUACAAUGAGCUUUUUAGUAUGUUAAUAUUUAACAAGUGUAAAGCUGAGCUUUUUAAACAGCAACGGGCAAUUCGUUGAAAAUAGGCAGUGGAAAUAUUUUUAGACUUGUGUGCAUAAAUAUACCUAUUUGUGUAUACAACAAAAAAAAAAAUUAAAUAAAUUUGUGUUAAUUCGAAAAUAAGUAAUAAUACGUUGAAAUAAAAUAAUUAAUAUUUAAAACUCUGUGCGAAUGUAUUUUAUAUUAGAAGUAGAAGCAUCUGCAAUAACGAAUGUUGAGCUGUUUGCAUAAACAAUUUGAAACAAGUUACUUACUGAUGAGAAACUGAAGAGGAUCACAAUUAAAAGCUUGAUAACGCAAACAGAACCAUAUUCACCGCACAACGAAACGCUUCCUAUGCCCUAUGAACCACUUGACAGUUACGAAAUGCCGUCGGAUAUAUAGCAGCAAAGCACAAAUAUAUACUAGUACAUAUCGUUAGCGAUAACCGACAGCUGUUGCGAAUAUGUAAUGCAAUAAAAAACAAAAGUGCCUUAGUAUCUGAGUGUAUAUAUUUCAGUAAUCUUAAAUAAAGUAUUAACAACGCAUUUCUCAACGAAGGAAAAUGCAUCUAAAGAAUGAUAAUGAAAUGAACUCAAGUACGAAUGGGAAUAUAAGCGCCGAGUGCAUGUUUACGAAGCCGAUAACAGCAAGUCAAAGUGAUUUCAGUGCCACAUCAGCUAGAGACUCGGUAAUUAUAACGCCCGCAACAUCGUCGUCAGCUGACAGUUGUGCUUCGUCAACCGAUUUUGGUGUAAUCAUCACCGACAAUAACACCAACAACUACGACAGCCUACAAACUUACAAUGUAGACAACAUCAUCACUUGCAAUGGUACAAGUGGCAAUACCGUGAAAGAUAAUAACACAGCAACGCGGAGUCGGAGUGCCGAGGGUUUGAAAACAGUAACAAAUAAAAAUGCUACAAUCAACAAUGAAAUUGAUAGCAAAAGUAUAAAUAUUGAAAAUGUAAUCAAUAUUGACGCUGUGAAAAAUAUGCGACGACAACGAAACUCUGUCUGCAGCAGAAUAUCUUCGAAGACCAGCUCUCCGGCUGUGUCGAUACGUAGCAAUACAAUAUCGAUUAUAUCGAUUGAUGAGAAUGCCAUUGACUCUAGUGUCGUCGACUCCGAUUCGGAUUCGGAAGGUCAACACAGUGGUUAUGUUGUGAAGAAGCUCGGUCAACAGACAACCUAUGAGCCAAAUCAUCCCAAUCUGCCACAUAUUAAUAAGGGCUUGCAAGUGUUAAGUCAAACAAUAAGUCCGGGUGUAGUUCCACCCACCGCAGGCCCUCUCUCAGAGACGAUACUCAAUGGUGGUGGCGCGCUUUCACCGCCCAUACUCGCUCCACCUUUGACGCCGAAUGCCGCGCAAAUUGGUAGUAUUGCCCUUUCAAAUUCCACAGAUGUUACUUUUGGUGAUAAGCAUUUCUACGAGGGUCCUGUGACGAUACAACAGUUUCUCAUUGAUAGUCGAGAGAAGUGGAAGAACGGUGAAAAUGGUGGAAAUGAUAAUCCCGCAUUUAGUGAAGAUGGCAAAGGGUUCGAUAGUGCAGAAAAAGUAGAUAGUUCCCCCACCCAGCCGCAAGGACCAAAAUUUUUCAUAUUCAAACGGCGAGCGCUCAUCAUUACCGGUGCAAUAAUAUUAUUAACAAUAUUAAUUGGAAUAGUGAUUGUUACUGUAAAUACGCUCACAAAACAAACAAAAAAAAGUAAGCCUCUAAGCGAUGGCGACGAUUCCAGAAAGCAUAUUCCAAUCAAUUCAACAAUAGAAUUACCAUUACCAGAUAGUGAGUACAUAUUUAACGGUUCUUUACUCAUAAUUACUAAGGAUGAAUGGUAUGCCGAGGCGCAGCACGAAGGUGUUGAGGAACUAAAAUGGCCAGCACAGCGCGUUAUCAUAGCCCACACCGCCUCAACAUCGUGUGAGAAUAAGCUACAAUGUGAUGCACGAGCGCAGAGUGUGCAAGCCUUUCACAUACACUCGAACGGGUGGGGUGAUAUUGGCUAUAAUUUUCUAGUGGGCGGCAAUGGUUUGGUAUACGAAGGCCGGGGAUGGAAUAAUGUCGGUGCACACACCAAAGGCUACAAUCGAGGUAGUAUUUGUAUCGCAUUUAUUGGCACAUUCAAUGCAGAACUGCCCACUGAGAAUGACUUGAAAGCAGCUCAGCUACUCAUCGAUGAGGGUCUUCGUUUGGGUGCACUCUCAAAAGAUUAUCGACUCUAUGGAGCGCGACAGUUGAGUCCCACUGAAAGUCCGGGGAAAGCACUAUAUAAUAUAAUUAUGAAAUGGCCACACUGGGCCAGCCGCAUUUGAAAAGCAAUUAAUUAAAUUUAAAUCUUAAAAAUAUAUAAUAUGUAGACAUAAUACAUACAUACAUACAUAAGUGUCGAAAAAUGUAAAUUCUAAUUUAUUUAGCUACCUUUAUUCGUAAGUAGUUUUGUGCAAUAAGCAGUGAUAUUCGUAUACUUGUAUUUAUACUUUUAAAAUAAAUUUAUAAAAAAAACAUACCCGCAACAUUAAAAGAAAAAAUCACGAUAAACUUGUUUGUGGUUUUCAUAAUAUGGACACAGUGAUUAAAAUGUGAAAAUAUUUCAUAAAAUUAUACGUACAAGUAAUUUUAAUAAUGGAAUAUGUAAAUGAUGAAAACAAAUAAAGGACUCGAUAUUUAUCGUGAAUAGUACACUAUAAAAGGGCAGGUCACACUCUAAUUAAAAUUAUAAAAUAAUCAUGACGAUAGCCUCAUUUGGAAGAAUAUGAGUCACAAAGUACAAUAGCAAAUAGUAAAAAAAAACUAUUAUAUUUCUCAGUUUAACGUGCAUCUGGCACAUUUUCUGAAGAAAUAAUUAAACGCACAUUGCCAUGAUAAGAGUCAGUGGGAACUUAAAUAUUAAAUGGCCAAUUUUUCUUAAAUUUUUGAACAUCUUCGUUUGGCACUACUUUAGCCUUUUUCAUAUACAUAUUUAUUACCGAUUUAUUUUUUUGUAUUUUGU